AUUCAGCCGACGCAUAGCUGCACAUGAAAACAAUUUGUAAUCGGGUUCGCAUUAAAAAAUUAAUUACAUCAAAAGUAGAAGUUUAUCAUAGUUAAAACAAUUAAUAGUGAGUAGCUAUGAAUCAGGCAGAAGUAACAAAGUUAAUGUCACAGCUGAAAAUAGCUCUAAAGCCUCGUCAUCGUAAUUUAAAAACUCCAUUGGGACCAGAAGGAAGAUUAGACAAAUUGAGACAAACUGUAACUGCUUUAAUUAAGUAUGAACGCAUUGAAUUAUUCUACAAUAGAGCUGAUGAAGCUCGUGGAUAUACUGAGAGACUCGUUUCUGAUGCAUUAAGGUAUGGUGACACUCACAAACCAAUGAUGGAAAUGGCAGAUUAUUGGCUUCUUGAAAAGCAGCUUGUGCAUAAAUUAUUUAAAGUUUUGUGUCCAAGAUUUGAAAAUGAAAAUGGUUCAGUGACGAAAAUGUUUAAUGCUCCACGAGUAUAUCCAGCAGAUCCUAAAAGAGCCUACUUUAAGCGUGUUGUACUUGAAUUAAAGGGAAAUCCAUAUCCAACGAUUACACCAGACUCGUCCUAUAGAAAUAAAAAUUUAAUUCACAAUGUUCUUCUGGAUGCAGCAAUGAAAGAUUUUUAUGCUGAAAAGGAAAGACAACAACAAUUAUUAGAACAAGAGCAAACAUUAAAUAGUGUAGAGGAAUCAAAGAAAUAGAUUGUAUUAUAAUUAGGAACUUAAUAGAAUUGAUUAAUAAACAAACUCGUAAGAAAUU